UCUAAUAUCUUCAUUUUAAAUAUGAUCUCUCUUCCCAAACAUUUAAUGAAGUUGUUUGCAUAGAAUACCAUUGAAAUGCAGCAGCAGCCUCUGGAGUUGCAGCAGCCAGCUUUAUAUAACUAUGACUCCAGGGGACCAGAUGAACUUUCUUUACAAAUAGGUGACACUGUACACAUAUUAGAGACAUAUGAAGGUUGGUACAGAGGUUAUACAUUAAGAAAAAAAUCAAAAAAGGGCAUAUUUCCUACAACUUACAUUCACCUUAAAGAAGCCAUAGUUGAAGGAAAAGGACAGCAUGAAACUGUUAUACCCAAUGAGCUCCCGCUGAUUCAGGAAGUUACCACAACAUUACGAGAGUGGUCCAUAAUAUGGCGGCAGCUAUAUGUUCAAGAUAAUAGAGAAAUGUUUCGCAGUGUGCGACAUAUGAUAUAUGAUCUUAUUGAAUGGAGAUCUCAAAUACUCUCUGGAACUCUACCCCAAGAUGAGCUUAAGGAACUGAAAAAGAAAGUGACUGCCAAAAUUGAUUAUGGAAACAGAAUUCUUGAUUUGGAUCUGGUUGUGAGGGAUGAAGAUGGCAACAUUUUAGAUCCAGAACAAACCAGUACAAUCAGCCUUUUCCGAGCCCAUGAAAUAGCUUCUAAACAAGUUGAGGAAAGACUAUUAGAAGAAAAGUCUCAAAAACAGAACAUUGAUAUUAACAGACAAGCCAAGUUUGCUGCCACUCCUUCAUUCGCUUUAUUUGUAAAUUUAAAAAAUGUAGUCUGUAAAAUAGGAGAAGAUGCUGAAGUUCUUAUGUCUCUUUAUGAUCCACUGGAGUCAAAGUUUAUCAGUGAAAACUAUCUGGUGCGAUGGUCAAGUUCUGGGUUACCCAAAGACAUAGACAGAUUGCAUAAUCUUCGAGCAGUAUUCACUGACCUUGGCAGUAAGGACCUGAAAAGAGAGAAAAUCAGUUUUGUAUGUCAGAUUGUCAGAGUAGGCAGAAUGGAAUUGAGGGACAACAACACAAGAAAACUAACCUCUGGGCUACGGCGACCUUUUGGUGUAGCAGUAAUGGAUGUAACUGACAUAAUAAAUGGGAAAGUUGAUGACGAAGACAAACAACACUUUAUACCAUUUCAACCGCUAGCAUUGGAUGACGCCAGUCGACACAAGCAGCUGAACAUAUCAUCCCGUUUUUCACCCAGGGUGGCAGGGGAGAAUGAUUUCCUUCAGACUGUUAUAAACAAAGUGAUUGCUGCUAAAGAAGUUAACCACAAGGGUCAGGGGUUAUGGGUGACUUUGAAACUUCUUCCAGGAGACAUUCAUCAGAUUAGAAAAGAAUUUCCGCACUUAGUGGAUAGGUCAACAGCUGUGGCUCGGAAAAUGGGGUUUCCUGAGAUCAUUAUGCCUGGUGAUGUUCGCAAUGACAUCUAUGUAACAUUAGUUCAAGGAGAUUUUGAUAAAGGCAGUAAAACAACAGCAAAGAAUGUAGAAGUUACAGUAUCUGUUUAUGAUGAAGAUGGAAAAAGAUUAGAGAAUGUGAUCUUCCCUGGUGCUGGUGAUGAAGCCAUCUCUGAGUACAAGUCAGUGAUCUAUUACCAAGUGAAACAGCCUCGUUGGUUUGAAACUGUAAAGGUCGCCAUUCCUAUUGAAGAUGUAAACAGGAGUCAUUUAAGGUUUACGUUCCGCCACAGAUCAUCACAGGACUCCAAAGAUAAGUCUGAGAAGAUAUUUGCUUUAGCAUUUGUGAAGCUGAUGAGAUAUGAUGGAACAACUUUAAAGGAUGGAGAGCAUGAUCUAAUAGUGUACAAGGCAGAAGCAAAAAAGUUGGAGGAUGCAUCAACAUACUUAAGUUUGCCAUCUACUAAAAUAGAGUUGGAGGAAAAAGGACACUCUACAACAGGGAAAAGCAUGCAGAAUCUUGGAAGCUGUACCAUCAGCAAAGAUUCUUUUCAGAUUUCCACUCUGGUUUGUUCAACAAAGCUUACUCAGAAUGUGGACCUCUUGGGACUUCUGAAGUGGCGAUCAAACACAAAUUUGCUGCAGCAGAAUUUGAGGCAGUUGAUGAAAGUUGAUGGUGGUGAAGUGGUUAAGUUCCUACAAGAUACGCUGGAUGCACUUUUUAACAUAAUGAUGGAGAAUUCAGAAAGUGAGACAUUUGACACGCUAGUGUUUGAUGCUUUGGUAUUUAUCAUUGGACUGAUUGCUGACAGAAAAUUCCAGCAUUUUAAUCCUGUCUUGGAAACUUACAUUAAGAAGCAUUUCAGUGCUACUUUAGCCUACACAAAGCUGACAAAAGUUCUAAAAACCUAUGUGGAUAAUGCUGAGAAAACUGGUAUAAAUGAUCAACUUUUUAAAGCUAUGAAAGCUCUAGAAUAUAUAUUCAAAUUUAUAGUGCGAUCCAGAAUAUUAUUUAAUCAACUUUAUGAAAACAAAGGCGAAGCAGACUUCAUGGAAUCUUUGCUGCAGCUAUUUAAGUCCAUCAAUGAGAUGAUGAGUAGUGUCUCUGAUCAAACUGUCAUAGUGAAGGGGGCUGCACUUAAAUACUUGCCAACUAUUGUUAAUGAUGUGAAACUAGUAUUUGAUCCAAAAGAACUGAGCAAACUGUUUACAGAAUUCAUCCUAAAUGUUCCAGUGGGCCGGCUCACAAUUCAAAAGCUGUACUGUUUGAUUGAAAUAGUUCACAGUGACCUCUUCACACAGCACGACUGCAGGGAGAUCUUGCUGCCAAUGAUGACAGAUCAGCUGAAGUAUCAUUUGGAAAGGCAGGAAGACUUGGAAGCUUGCUGCCAAUUGCUUAGUAACAUCCUGGAAGUGCUGUACAGGAAAGAUGUGGGACCAACACAGCGACACGUCCAGAUAAUCAUGGAAAAGCUAUUGAGGACAGUAAAUAGAACAGUAAUUUCCAUGGGACGCGAUUCGGAGCUCAUUGUAAGUGUCUCUUGACGUAAACUUAAAAAUAUCUUUAUCACAACUGCUUUCACCCCCUGUAAUAGGAUUUAAAUCCCUGGUGGUAGAAAGCAAUCAAAGCUUUCUUUAACUGUCUUCUGUGUUCAGUAAACUGUAAAGUGUUCGCUUAUAAUUUAUCUGUGUCUUACAAUAGGGGAAGAAAAAUCCUUUUUGAAGUGCUAGUGACCAAAUGAUGAAUCGGAUUUAGUGGGUAUAUAUUAACUAAAAAUAAUUCGUUUUUGCAGUUACAAAUUAUUAACUAGUUGAUUUGUUUUAAAUCAAAAACUUUGGCUGACAUGUCAGUCAUUUGAUUUGACAAAUAUUUACUUGAUUUACUUUUAAAUAAUUAUUUAUGACACAGAUGCUACAAUUAUGUAGACAGUUGUCAUAUUUACUGUUUGUAUACUGAAGCAAUGACUGCUCCCACAAAUCCUUAGAAAUAAUAGUCAUUUGAAACUAAUGUAUGACACUGGAGAGUAUAUUCUUACAUCUUAGCAGUGGAGGAGUAUAACCCUUGAAGAGGGCUAACAUUCGAGUUAGCAAUUGGUUAAUUUUUGAUAAAUAAUUGGUUAAAAAUUAAUAACAAGCAAACAUAACAUUAUUAUUUUGCUUAUUAAGACAUUUAUAUGUUUUGGAACAGAUGUCAGUCUUGACUUAAGUGAAGCUGUGCUAAAUGGAAGGGUAUGUGUGUGUGUGUGUGUGUCCCUUAAUUUUUCUAAAAACCUUUAUCCAUUAUCCCAAAUAUAGGAUGAUUUGCAGCAUAGAUGAAAAUGCAUGUAAUGCACAUUUAAACAUGCAUUUAAUGGAUGCAUUUAUUUAAAGAUGUGUAUCAAUUCUGGAAUAAUUAUUUUAUUAGCAACUUCAGAGAGACAGAAAUUGAGAGAGAUCAUGAAAUGCAUUCCAUCAGUGUACGCAGACACUCUUCUGCCUUUGAGUCGCUUCUUAAACUUCUUUGCCUUCUUCCUUCCCCAGGCUGGAUUAUGUUGUUUAUUAGAAAAAUCAAAAUUGACUGUGUUCUGCAUUAACCUCUUUUCUUCUAUUUUUCUUCCUCCCCUAGUUCUGCUCUGUGACAUCUCACUCUUUUUACUUCCUGUCUCUUCCUUGUCCCUCAAACUAUCCUCUUGGUCCUGUCUAUUCCCAUUCUUGUCCUUCACUCUUCAUCUGAAUGGUACUUGUUAUCCCUAAGCGUGAUAACACCUUCCCUUUCUCUUGCCUGUCUAACUACUGCCUACCAUCUUGUCAUCUAUUUUCUACUUUCAAGCAUGCUGUCCCUUAAUUGUUUGUGUUAGCAAAAGAACUGUUAAAAGAUGAUGAGGAAUAAUAUUGGAGUAACUAAUAUGAAGCAAUAUGUUUUGCAGAAAGAGUAUUUAAUGUUGAAAUAUGAGGGCAGAAGGAAGUCAUUAGGUUUGAAUUUUGUAUGUAAUAUACACAUACAACAUAGUGCUGACAAAAAAAUAUUCACUCCUUCUGUACAUUAGAUUAUCCCUUUUUGUAAAAAGGUAGCUGAUGUAUUUGUCAGUUCCUUAGCUUUAUUCCUCACUUCUUUUUAUUUAUACAUAACCUUAUGAGUAGGUUGGGCACAUAGGAACUGUCUUCAGAUAGUUCUAUUCACCCAAAGCAGAAUAGAAAAAACUUAGCACUGAGUUAGCUCAUCCCCCUUCUUAGGUGCAAUGAAUUAUAUUUUAAAGUUUUUUUCACAUAUGUAUACGUAUGUAUUUUAACUGUGUAUAACUGUAUUAUACCCACUGAACGUGAAUAGCCUGAAAGCAUUACAUUAAAAAUGCUAUAAUUAUUUAUGAAAGUUAACAGCACUAAGAGUUUUUAAGGGGACACUUUACCAUUUAAAAUUCUGUGUAUUUCUGAAAGUUUCACUAAUCAACCAAUAACGAUUCACUCUUACCGUGUCAACAACAUGGUAAAAAUAAAAUGCAAUUAG